AUGCUCCAGCAGGAUAUAAAAAACUGGGCAAGAUCUUAUGCUCUCUCUGAUAUUUCUACACUUCAGAUCACAGAUCGAGGAAAGAAUAAUGUUAUUUCUAAAUUAGAUAGCUACUUCCGAUAUAGGGACUGGGAAACACUCGUCUCUGGCACAAAAGGUUAUGUGCGAAAACUAUUACCAAGAAUUCUUGUCGAAGCGUUGUUAGCAAAGGAUAUUUUUGAGAACAUCUUUGGUAACCCAUUCUUCUGUUUUGAUGAAGAGACCAAGCAGGAGGAGCAAUCUCGUUCAUCAUUUGGCACACAACUUCUUGAACUUUAUCAUGAAAUGCAAAAAGUGGAUAAAGCACGAGCGCAUGUUUGGCGCUCUGACACCCUUCGGCUCUUGAACACACCUACGGAGUCGGGACUAGAAUCAGGUCUUACCUCUAAGGUGCAAGAGGCUAAGAUACGACUAAAAAACGGUCGAGCACACCCCUUCCGCUUUCCGGGCCCGGAGCCAAGUCUUACCUCUAAGAUGCGCGAAUCGAGAAAACGAGUAAGCAUGAAACGAGCAGAAGACUUCUUGCAGGGUCCUGUGCAAUCAUUACGUGGAAAAUUGAAUAAUGAGUGUGAGAAAAGCCUGGCAGAAAUCUAUAUCUGGGCGGCCGAGCUAGCUGCUCUUCUGUGGACAGAGAGGGCGUACAUGACAAUCGACAGACUGCCCCGGCUAGACGUGUUUUCUAUGAAAUCCCCAGAAAUGUUGGCUCAUCCUUCUCACCAGAUCUAUGAGAAAUAUGAGAAAGACGACAGGCUGGACCAAAACAAUAUUUUACUCGUGGUGUAUCCGCUCGUCUCAGCCUUUGGAUAUGAUGACGGAGAUUCUUAUGAUCAGGAUACCGUAUGGGCGGAAGGAAUCGUGUUGAUUGAAGACAGAUUAGUUACCCAAUAUUAG